AUGCGACAAAUGCCAAAGGUAUGCGCCAAUGAUUCACCAUCCCGGAGAGCAACUCCAUUCUGUCUUGUACCCGUGGCCAUUCACGAAAUGGGGAAUGGAUAUUGUCAGCCCUCUUCCAUCGGCCCCAGGUGGGUUGAAGAGCAGGCUUUCGAGAAAGUUAGAGAAAAAGAAGUCAUAGACUUCAUUUGGGAUCACAUCAUAUAUCGAUUCGGGAUGCCCUUCAAGACCGUAUGUGAUAAUGGAAAGCAAUUCAUCGGCAAAAAAGUGACAAAAUUUAUCGAGGAUUGCAAGAUCAAAAAAGUCCUAUCGACGCCUUAUCAUCCCAGCGGGAACGAACAAGCCAAAUCGACCAACAAAACCAUCAUUCAGAACCUUAUGAAGAGAUUGACCCACGCCAAAGGGAAGUGGAGAGAGAUAUUGCCCGAGGUUCUAUGGGCAUACCGCACAACAUCGAAAUCCAGCACCAGAGCAACACCGUUCUCGUUAGUUUACGGCGCCGAAGCCCUAAUCCUGGUCGAAGACGGAGAACCCAGCAUCAGAUUUUGA